AUGGUCGCGACCACUGCGCUUGCCCUCGCCGUCCUGGGCGCCGUCGCCGUGUCUGCACUACCGUACGGUGGUCAACGUGUCCAGGUGCCCUUUCUCGGGAUAAACCCAGGCAAGGACUCUGAAGGAGGCAAGCAGCAACUUGCACCGUCGCGCGACGCGGACAUGGCAGCUCUGCUGGACAAGUAUGCGCCCGUGUUCAAGCUUGCCUCGUCGGAGAUCUUCUACCCCAGCUCGGUAAAGUACAUGCUGGACCGGUACGCCUUUGUCGAGCACAAGAACGGCACCACAUAUCGACCGCCACGUCACCUCUUCACGCCCUCUGGCCUCGCACAUCUGCCGCAGAACGGCACGCGGCAGCUGCUCUCCCUCGACGAAGAGCACAAUGCCCAACCGCACGUCCCCUCCAAAGACAGCGCGUUCCUGUACGGUCCAGCGGGGCAAGAAGGCGGCAUGAAGCUUGGAGAGGACGGGAGGGGGCGGGUCGAGGAGGAAGUGUAUGGCUUUUGGGUGGACCAGGGACGAGGUGUGGUGGAUCUGUGGUACUGGACGUUCUACCCGUACAACUUGGGCAAGGAGGUCGGCGCGCUUGGCUGGCUGGGGAACCAUGUGGUGGACUGGGAGCACCUGCGUAUCCGAACAGUGAACGGGACAGCCGAGUCUGCCGACUUUGAUACACAUUCGGGCGGAAAGUUCAGUGCUGGAACUUACCGCUGGCAAGAGAUUGAGCGCUUCAACGACCGCCCAGUGGCAUAUAUCGCCAUGGGAAGCCAUGGGAUGUGGCCAGUGCCGGGCAAGCACGUCUACGCUCAGCUCCUCAACCUCUGGCAACUGUACGACAUUACAGACGACAACGGCGCCAUCUGGGACACCCACGGCCGCGUUGUGCCCAUUCAGUUUUGGAAUGGCCCCGACAAGGCUGAAAAGAUGAUGGACGGUCCUCCAGGUCCGAACCGCAGGCUUGGGCGACCGCCGGAGUGCAUCCUCGGCAAGACGGCAGACGAGUCGUCAAGGUACGCGUUCUACCUUUCACACAACAUCUCCGUCCAGGCAGAGCCAUUGAACGUGACCUCGGUGGUAGUGGAGCAGAUCUGUGCUCGUCCCUCGGUCUCUUCUGUCGAAUGGUCCGACAACCUCACGGAACCCGAGCUGGAGACAUGGGCAGCACCCGCUUCGUCCAUCCCCUUUACCGGCUCGUCUGCCACCCCGUACAACGUCACCAUGGGCGGGUGUGGCGGGAGCAGGAGUGCGGCGAAAGCGUACCGCGUCGCGCUGUAUGAUGGCGCUGGGGAACGGGUAUCAACGAGCGACCUGCGCGUGUUGUGUAUUUACGAAGCGGGCGAGGAGGGCAGUGUGUCCCGCAGUGCGGUGGAUAUCCAUGAUCUGGACGAGUGGAGGUGGCUGUUGAAGAAGGAUGAGGACGACGAGUAA